GGUGAUGACGAAAGAACCCUGCGACUAACAAACUGAGUGGAAACAAGCGUGAGCGAGCGCAGAUUCCGGCAGUUUGUUCAUAACUGGGUGAACAUCCUGAAUAUCGUCGGCAUUAACAUCUUUCCUUUGAUCCAUCAUGGCUUCGUCCAUGCCGCAGAAGCGUUACUACAGACAGCGAGCCCAUUCAAACCCGAUGGCGCACCACACCUUUGAUUACCCUGUGUGUCCUGAUAAAAUGGACUGGUCCAAGCUGUAUCCAGACUUAUUCACUGGCAGCCUGAGUGAGACAGAGCCCCCUCGAGUCGAGUUUGCUGACAUUGGAUGUGGAUAUGGGGGGCUUUUAGUGGAGUUAUCUCCACUCUUCCCAGAUAAGCUCAUCCUGGGUAUGGAGAUCCGGGUGAAAGUGUCAGAUUAUGUUCAGGAUCGUAUCCAGUCGCUGCGUGCCUCAAAUCCAGCGAGCUACCAGAACAUCGCCUGCAUUCGUAGCAAUGCCAUGAAGUACCUCCCCAACUUCUUUUGUAAAGGACAGCUCACUAAGAUGUUCUUCCUCUUCCCUGACCCUCACUUUAAGAAGACCAAGCACAAAUGGAGGAUCAUUAGUCCCACUCUGUUGGCAGAAUACGCCUACACGCUCAGAGUAGGGGGUUUGGUAUAUACCAUCACAGAUGUGGAGGAAGUCCACCUCUGGAUGGUGAAGCACUUCAGUGAACAUCCACUGUUCACGCGGGUCCUCGAUGAAGAACUGGCUGAUGAUGUCAUCAUAAGUCGUCUGGGUACCUGCACAGAGGAAGGAAAGAAAGUGCAGAGAAAUGGAGGAAAGAAUUUUCUUGCAGUUUUCCGGAGGAUUGAGGAUCCACAUGAGAUUUCCUGAAAUAAAGGCCUUAUGCAGUCAUCUGUGCGUGGGUUCAGCUGCUCUGCUGAUGGAUUUUUCACCAACCAGAUGAAUGCUGAUUUUUUUUUUCUUUUAUUAAUGGACCCUUUUAAUAUUAGCAGAUUUUUAAAAAACAGUUUUUGGGGGGGCUUUUUCACAUAAUUUAUGUUUUUUUAUUUUUUUUAUUUUCUCAGACUGUAAAAGAGACGUAGCACAUGACAGGAUCUGACGUGUUUGGUUACACUUUCUAAUUUUUUGCCUCUCUUGUUCUUUAGUUUCUCUCGCCAAAUGUCAGCGUGCUGGUUUUGGAUGUCAUGUAAAGAUGUACAGUAUUUCAAUUAAAAAAAACUACUAACAAAAUUUUAAAUGCAUUUAAUGACUAUUUCUAUAUUCAUAAUUUGUUUACUAACAUUAUUUUUAGAAUAAUAAUGAAAAUGGACAGGUUAAAUAUUGUUAUCUAAAACCACAAACCUAUCAAACUGUGCUGCAGACUUCGCUGAUAACUGUGCUGCGAAAACCCUUCCCAGGUUUUUUAACUUUGGAUUACAAGCAAAUAUUUGAAAAGGCACAUAGUUUUCACUCUUAGACUGUAUAUAAAUGAUUGUCACCCACUGUAAACUCCUUUUUGGAAGCCUCAAGGCUCAAGUGACCAUUGCCAUCUUGGUAUUUUGGAGCCAAUAAUUACUUUAGCAGUUUCUCAUGUGCUGUCACAUGAAUGCCUUCAAUACUUGGAUGAGGUGUUGAGUGCUAACUUAUCAACUUCUUCUAUGUACGUGUAUCCAUAGACUGUAUGGCUGUAUUAUACCAACACAAAAUAAGACUGUAGCAUUUUACUCCCUUUAACUAAAACACAGAACUGUUAGACUGGCUGUUGUACCUCACUGCACAGCAUGCCAUAUUUUUGGAGUGGAUUACAUUACAAAUGCAGUGCAUGUUCCAUUAUAAAGUCCAAUUAUAUAAUCAGUGAAAAUGCUAACUUUGUGUUCAUUUAAACAUUUUAACUCAGCAUUCCAAGUUGCUAGAUAGUCAGGAGUCUGGAAAGGGAGCUGGGCAGAUUUGAAUCCCAUUUGCUGCUGCAGGCUGCGGUGAUUACAAAAACAGGACAGCACAUGCCUUCAUGUUUGAAACCCAGACACUGGAAAACUUGAGCUGAAAGCAAAGAGAAGCUCUCAAAAUACAUGUCGUCAUCACAAUUAGAAAUCUUUCCACUUUUGUAUCUUUUGUUCACCACAUUUGGCAGUAUGUAUGGAGUGCAAAUUCUCAAGCCUCUCCACAUUUCUUUAUAUUUUGAUUCCAAGGAGCCAGGCUUUCUUGGAAUUUUAUUAUAGUGGUCUUAAGCAAUAGUUCUCCAGGGUUUCUGGAGGUCUUUCAAACGUUUUCCUUGGACAUUGGCUGCUUUUACAGUCAUUUUCAGUCCUUGUAUCUCCGCCUUUUUUAGUCAAUUUUCUUUUUUGUAAAGCCAUUUAACACUGUCGUAUGAGUCUUUCAGUAAUGGAAAAAAAAUGCACCUAACUCAAGGGAUGAAUGAGCAUUGUGUUUACAGAUAACAGACAACUUUGCACUUUAAAUUGUAUCUUUAGGCACUUUGUUAAUUGCAGCCUGUCACGUAAACGCAUGAUUUGUUCCCAUUUCUUUAGUUGCCAAAGAUAACAGUUUGGCAUAAAAUAGUAUUUUUGCACCAACAGCUUGAUUUCCAAAGAGUUAUUGGCCAAAGACUUGGCAUAUGAUAGCAUGGUGCACAGUAUGUUCUUAAAACAUUGGAGGAAACUGGAUAAGUGAAGGACAGAA